AUGCCAUCAAAACGAAGAACUCUGCUGGGCAGAAGUACGUCAGCUGCGAAUAGAAUGGCAGCCUCAAGAGAUGCUGAGAGUCUAGAGCGCAGACAAAUUCGGCUUGAUGAUCAACGUUCAAGACAAGCUUCCUCAAGAGACGCCGAGAGUUCGGAACAGAGACAAACUCGGCUUAGUAGUCUACGUGCAAGACAAGCGGCUUCAGAAGGAAAAGAUCCAAGCGUAUUGUGCCAUAUCCCCGAUCGGUAA